UUUGGAAUGGAAGACAGAAGAGUGUUUUCGCAAGAGAAGACAAGAGAGCGAGAGACGAGACUCAAGAGAGAAGAGUCACGUCACGGCUGUCAUUGCAGUGCCGAGCAUCCGAGAUGCGACGAGCUUCCAGGUCACCCACCGGUCGUUGAGUGUUGAGCUUUAAAGCUGAGGGAGGAGGAGGUCAGAGUCUGAGACAGUUCUCGGAUAUAGGAGCUUGGUCUGAAGAUACUGGGGAUUUGUCAGUUGAGCUAGAACAGCAGGGCCCAGUCCAGGCCCAGACUCGGGAGCCAGCCAGCCAGCCAGCAAGCCAGGGUGCAAUAGAGAUCUCUCGCUGUUUUGUUGCGAAUGAAGUUGGAGUAGAGGUACAGGUGCUCCAAUUUAUGAGAGAGAGGGAGAGGAAAUUGCAAUGAGUCUGGGCAGCCAAAGAAGGAAGUUUCCCGACAGGGCCCCGGGGAGGGAGGGAGAGAAGUGGCGGGGACUGGGGACUAGGCAGAGAGCGAGACGUGGGAGAUAAAAAAGUACACUAGAUAUGCGAUGACGGCUGGCAUGUGGGUUUCGCAGCUGCAGUCAGGGAGGUGCAUAUGCACACUAACCGACAUAAAAGACUUACACGCUCCUUCAUUCAUGCGAGAAUCUCUCAUCCGUCCGCCUUUUUCGCUUUAUGUGGCUGUUUUAUAAUCUCAUAUCCGUGUGUUCUGCCAGUACCAUCCCACAGCCACGACGGCAACGGCAACCCCGUCUGCCUUCCGAAGGGAGCUUGCUCUCGCUUCUCUGUACGUGGUUCCAACAUCCUCGACACCGCUCGCCAUCCAUCCAUGAUCAAUCUUCUCCCUUCGCAGGACUCCAGUCCCUUCACAUGCACAAGACAUAAAGAAAACGGGAAUGAUGAAUGCUUCCCAUCGUCGAGAUGAAUGCACUACAUGGACUCCUCAGGUGGUUUGGAAAAUAAGUACAAUUGCGUGGACAUCUAGAACCCAACGUGCACUACAAGAGCUACAAAGGCUCGUAGGGUGGCCAAAAGUCAUGGCGCUAGAGGACAAGUGCUGGAGGCCUUGG